UGCGGCCGGAACGCUGGAAAAUGGCGGCGUUCAGGACCCGGUUGCGAGGGGUCCUGUGGGUUGCUACUUUAGGGCUGUGCGGGACGGUGGCGGUGCUGGUGGUGGCGGUGCUGGUUCGAGCCUAUGGGACGCGGCGCACCGCGUCGGCUCCUGGGUUUUGGGCACGAAGGGAGCAGCCCCAGCGUGUGGAGCCUGCAUUUAGUCCCCGAGAGCGGCGGGAGCUCAAGGAAGUGCUCCAAGGUGCCAUCAGAAUACAAACAGUUUCCUUCUCGCCAGAUGAUCAGAAUUUGACAGCCCUGGCAGAAUUUGAUCCAUAUAUUCGUAAAGCCUUUCCUGCAGUAUUUUCUGCCACUUUCAUUCAACAUGAAGUUAUUGGAGAAUAUAGCCACUUGUUCACCAUCCAGGGAUCUAACCCUCAGCUACAGCCCUACAUGCUGCUUGCACAUAUAGAUGUAGUCCCAGCUUCUCCAGAUAAAUGGGAUGUCAGUGACCCUUUCUCUGGUGAGGAACGUGAUGGAUUUAUAUAUGGAAGAGGAACACUGGAUAACAAAAACUCCGUUAUGGGCAUUCUACAUGCUCUGGAAUUCUUAUUGAGACGAAAUUACAGGCCUCACAGAUCUUUCUAUAUUGGUCUGGGGCAUGAUGAAGAGGUAGGUGGCGAAAAAGGAGCAAAGAAGAUUGUGGCUGAGCUGGAAUCGAGAGAUGUGCAACUUUCUUUCUUACUUGAUGAGGGAAGCUUCAUAUUUGAUGGGGUCGUCACUGGAAUAGAGAAACCAGUAGCUAUAAUAGGUAUCACAGAAAAGGGUGCAAUUACAGCAAAUUUCAGUGUGACAUCAGAGCCAGGCCAUUCAUCUGCACCACCCAAAAGGACAAGUAUUGGUAUUCUUUCCGAAGCAUUAUCUAAAUUAGAGCAAAAUCCCAUGCCCAAUCUGUUUGGUCAUGGACCUGAAAUCCUGAUGUUUGAGCAGUUGGCACCGGAGUUCCGCUUCCCUCUCAAUAUCAUCAUGGCAAAUCUAUGGCUGUUUGCACCUCUUAUUGGCAGAUUUCUUGAGCAGAAACCUUCCACUAAUGCUCUAGUUCGCACCACCACUGCAAUCACCAUAUUUCAUGCAGGUGUCAAGUCUAAUGUUAUUCCACCAUCAGCAAAUGCAACUGUGAAUUUCCGCAUCCAUUCAUCGCAAACAGUUAAUGAGGUCCUGGAAAUAGUAGACAAAACAAUUGAUGAUAAGAGAGUGAAGAUAGAAAUGGAGAGUGCCUUUGAUCCACUCCCAGUUAGCCCCUGGGAUGACCAGACCUUCGGAGUACAGGUUUUCCGCCAGACCAUCCUGGAUGUUUUCCCAGAUGUUGGCAGUGUAGCUCCAGGCAUUUGUGUUGGAAACACUGACAGCAGACACUACGGCAGUCUCACAAAUGCCAUUUAUCGAUUUAACCCAGUGAUCUUUGAAGCCAAUGAUUUACCAAGGUUCCAUGGAUUGAAUGAAAGGAUCUCUAUUGAAGGUUAUGAAAAGCAAGUGGAAUUUCUCUUCCAGCUCAUUCAAAAUUCUGAUUUAAACCAACUCGCAGAGCCACAUACAAACCUUCACGAAUUAUGAAAACAAGAAAGUAGGAAGGCGACUGAGUUGUUAGGAAUCAGAAGUAUUCAAAGAGGCUGUGUUCUAUGUUUCCCUGUGUUCCAGAACUGAGUUAUUAGGAAUUAUAACUAACAUACAGAUUUAAUGUAAUGAUACUACUGUAUUGCACUGCAGUUUGUUGUGAAAGUUACUAAAACUGAACACAUCCCUUUGUACCAAAACAAAGGUAUUACGUUUAAUGCUGUGCAAUUAGAUCCUUGAACACCUUAAUGCUGAUUAUAUAGGAUAGCAGUAUAAAGAACAGUUCUCCAUAUAUAAGUGGGUCUUCCAAAACAUAAUGGGACUAUCCCCGUUGUGUCCUAAGCUGAUGAUAACAGACAGUUGGUACUAUCUGGUACCAACCUUUCAGUAUUAAUUACUUGAAGAUUGAGCUGCCGUUUGGAGUUUGUGUGCAUGUAUUCCUAAACUUGUAGAAAUCCAGCAAAUUAGAUUUCAUCUCUGCCAGAAUUUUUCCUUGUACUUACAUUUUGAUUUAUUUUCAGUUUUUGUAUAUGUUUAACGGAUGCAUAUAAACCUCUCCAGUGUUGGCAGAAGCAUUUCUACCAUGCCAACAAAAAAUAAAUUACAAAUAAUUUACCUCAGGGACAAAUUACAUGGUUCAGAGACACAAAUUGACUUGGGUUUUGUCAAAUUCAUACAAAGUUGAGGGAGGAAUUUUGAAGCUGAGCAUAGGCAAACAGGAAGUGGGAAUUAAACCCUCUUCUUGCCCCCACAUUUCCCCUCCCUCCUCCCAGGAAGGUUUGCUUCUAGACCCAGGACGUGACUAGGAGAUAAACAAUCAGGAUAGUUUGGGGAGGAAAAGUGGAGGUAGGGCCCAGUUCAAUCCUGCAAUCCGUUAUUCUUAAAUACCCCCUCACCCUUUGACAGUAGCCCAUCUCUUUCACACUGGUCUGUUACCCUUACAUUUAGCUGGGCUUUCAGGCAUUCAUAUCUUGACACUAGUUCUGUCUAUGUUUUUCAGAAAUGGGUUGUCAAUCUCAAAAGAUUCUUUGAAGGAUUCCUUUCUGAAAUGCAGGCUAUUUUAUGGUAUCUCAAGAUAGGAACCCAACAGCUCCUAGUCUUAUAUUUGCUUUUUAAAAUUUGGCUCUGAUUAAAA